AUGUCAUGGAUUGCAGCCGGAUAUUACUAUUUUCCUUUAGUUGGAGGAUAUAAUAAUUCUUCUCUCACAAAUUGGAUUAUUUCAACUCAUACAAGUGUCGUCUUUUACUUUUUUACGUUUUGUUUCGAACUUCCCGCGUUGUUUAGUUGUUUUCAAUACAGAGCAGAUUCAGCUGCAGAUCUUGAUCCUGUGAGUUAAUUAUUGUUAUACUCUGUUUAUCAAUUCGAUUUUCCUUUUAGAAAAAACGGAUUCCACGUGGCUUCACUUAUUUCAUAUGUGUAUUUGCUCACAGUUUCCCAUUUGUCGUUGCAACUUCCUUAGCCUUUGCUGACACAUCGAAAGAAGAAUAUUAUCGAAUAGUUGCCCAAUAUUAUCCAAAGUGUAUUCAUAUUUUAUCUCAUCAUGGAUUCAUAGUUUAUGAUUAUCGAACAAACCCGUGGCUCGUGAUGGCGGGUCUUUCAACAAUGAUAUGGGUUGUAUUUUUUGCAGGGUAUCUUAAACACUGAAUUUUGCUUUCAUAACUAUUCCAACUUCUUCAGAUACUUCCUAUUCUUAGUCAUCUAUACCAUCGGAAUCCUACAGAAAAUGCGUCAACACAUGUCUGCAUCAACGUUCAAACUUCAUAAAACCGCAUUGAUAGCGGUAACACUUCAAGUGGUUAUACCUUUCAGUUUUAUUCUAGCACCACUUAUCAUUAUUUUCAUCGUUGUUCUCGAACAAUUAUCCUCCUGGCAAGGUUUGAUUCAUAAAACACAUCAGCUGUUAUUUUGAACUUUAAUUGCUUAAAUGUUUCAGAAAUUGCAAGUGAUACAAUGAUUUUGAUAAGUUGUCAUUCGAUGGUUUCAACAAUUGUCAUGAUUUGUUGCAACGGAAGAUAUUUGGAAGUUGUUCGAUCUUUUUUCACUGAUACUUUGAAAAUUAAACAAUUGCAACUUCCCAAAAGCGCUGUUGUGGAAAGGACAAUUACAGCUAUCGCUCAACAUUAA